AUGAACGAUGAAAAAAAUGAGCUGAAAAUCGCUUUCUGUAAAGGAACUAGAGGAGGAAGCACAAACAGUGACGUCGAAUCGGAAAUUGAUCCAUUUCAUACCAGUAGCUCAGCAGACUCGGAUUUUGAACCUUUAGACUUCGAGAUUGAAGAAAAUAAAAUGAAAACGAUCUCUGAUGGAGCCGAAGGGUCAAGUUUAGAUAAAUAUAAGUUAAGUAGAGACCAAGAACAACAAGAGGUUGAGAAGCAUGAUAGAACAAGGGCUAAUAAAGAAAAAAAGCAAGCUGAAAAUUUUGAAGGUAUGGAGAUUAAUAUUGACAAGUCGAAAUUUGGAGUUGACGGUGGAGGUGGAUUUUUGAAAGUGUGCUGCUCAGUGCUAACGCGAAAUUUGAAUGAAGAAGAAGUUGUCCCUGAGAAAAGGCAGAGAUAUACAGACGAUGUUUUAGCAAAUGAUUUAAAGGAUUCUGAUGUUAAAAGACUUUUUAUAUUGGUUAUUGGAAAAUGCACUCAAGAAAAUUACGAUAAUGUCGCCGCUCUAUGGAAUCUCUUACAAAUCAACAAUUUUGAUGGAACAAUAGCCACUGAUCUGAAAUUGGCAAACAUCCUUUCCGGUCUCAUGGCCCACUCAGCAUCGCAUCCAUGUACAUGGUGUGAUGUACACAAGACAAACCUUAAGGAUUGCGGAUCUUAUCGCACAAUAGGAAAUUGUCUGGCAAAUUAUGAGAACUGGACAGCGAAUGACGCAAUCUUCAAAAAUGCCAAGGAUUAUAAAAACUGUAUAAAACCCUCAAUACUUUCCACCGACGAUGACAAGAGAAUUAUUAACAUUAUCCCUCCACCUGAACUCCAUUUAAUGCUAGGAGUAGUAAAUACAAUAGUCGGAGUCAUGGCGAAAGAAUGCGAAGUUGACACCAAUAAGUGA